GACUAGAGACUGUAUAAUUCAUUCGAAACCCUAACCCUAAUAUCUCACAGUGAAAAAUGCCGUUCAUCCCUGAAGAUCCACUUUUGGCCCCAAAUCCAGACCGUUUCUGUAUGUUUCCGAUUGAGUAUCCACAAAUAUGGGAGAUGUACAAGAAGGCCUUGGCUUCGUUCUGGACAGCUGAAGAAGUAGAUCUUUCCGAUGACCUACGUCACUGGGAAACGCUCUCCGACGAUGAGAAACACUUCAUUAAACACGUCCUCGCCUUCUUCGCCGCUUCUGACGGAAUCGUGCUGGAGAAUCUCGGCGGCCGGUUCAUGAAAGAGAUCCAAGUCGCAGAGGCUCGAGCUUUCUAUGGAUUUCAAAUCGCCAUAGAAAACAUUCACUCCGAGAUGUACAGUCUCCUUCUCGAAACCUACAUCAAGGAUUCCGACGAGAAAAGCCGACUAUUUCGCGCGAUUGACACCAUUCCCUGCGUUGAGAAAAAAGCUAAUUGGGCCUUACGUUGGAUCGACGGAUCUGAAUCAUUCGCCGAACGUCUAGUCGCUUUCGCAUGCGUUGAAGGAAUUUUCUUCUCCGGUAGCUUCUGUUCUAUAUUCUGGCUGAAAAAACGCGGUCUGAUGCCUGGACUCACCUUUUCAAACGAGUUAAUCUCUCGCGAUGAAGGUCUUCACUGUGAUUUCGCUUGCCUGCUGUAUUCAUUGCUGAAGACGAAGCCUAGCGAGGAACGAGUGAGGAAAAUUGUAAGUGAUGCUGUUGUGAUUGAAAGGGAAUUUGUUUGCGAUGCUUUGCCGUGUGCGCUUGUAGGAAUGAACGGUGAAUUGAUGAGUGAUUACAUUGAGUUUGUUGCUGAUCGGCUCUUGGAUUCGCUUGGAUAUGGGAAGAUGUAUAAUGCGAAGAAUCCAUUUGAUUGGAUGGAGCUGAUUUCUCUGCAGGGUAAGACUAAUUUCUUUGAGAAAAGGGUGGGGGAAUAUCAGAAAGCUUCUGUUAUGUCGAGUUUGAAUGAUAAUGGUGCUGCAACUCAUGUUUUCAAGAUGGAUGAAGAUUUCUAAUCAUUUUUAGCUUAUGUUUUGUAAUUGUUAUUUUCAAAUAAUAUUGUUUUGUUAUAUAA